GGCGAAGCGGCGUGCGCUGCGUGUCCAGUUAAAUCUCUUAAAAACUACAUUUUCCGACUACAGUCGGCUUUGCAGUGUUACUGUGGGGAAGGCAUACUGCAAUAACUGUGGAGCUUCUUGUAAACAGCUGUCAAGUCGUUGGGCGCUGAACAACGAUCCCUGUAUAUUGCUGACGAUUGACAGAAAUGUCAGAGACGUCAAGUGAUGCAGAGCUGUCCUGUGGAUGGACCAUUAUUAGUAAUGAGGGUUCAGAUAUCGAGACUUUGGGAUCGGAGGUUGCGGUGGAAUAUGGAGCCGAGCUGUUAGAGCGUCCUCCGUUGGAGGAAGCAGAGCUGCAGGACACACAGGCUGCUGCAUGUGCUGCGGAGUGUGUUGAAGAGACGGUUGCUGCUUCACUUGAUGACACUUUGGGACAACAAACUAUAGAUGAGACGCUUUAUUCCUCAGAGGCCGGAGACAACAUCACAGGGAAAGAGCAUGUGAAUCUGUUGUCCUCCAGCGAUCACUCGGACAUUGUGACUCUCGGAGACUUGAAGGAGGAGGAGCACGCUGAGGCAGAAGAGGAGGCAGGAGCCAACGAGGAGUUUUACCUCGGCACCUCCUGCAGCAGCCAGUACGCCUUCACUGCUGCAGAGACUGGUUUCCCUGCGCAGCAGCCCGCAGUGACAAACUCGAGCAGCAGCGAGGACGAGGCAGGACGAAGCGCCAGUGCUGUUGUCCGGAGACGAAGGUUGAGGAAGAAUACCACAAGCAUUGUGACAGAGCCUGAGGAUGAGGAGGAAGAGGAGGAGGCGGCGGCGGCGCUGGAGUCUGGCCAGAGUGAGGAGGAGGAGAAAGAAGACAAUGGGCAGCAGGAGGAGCAGACAGAGGUUAGACCCGCCGCUGCUCCGGAUGUCCGAACGAAAGGCCAGCGCAGCAGCAUCCUCAACACGUGUAUCCUUAUUACCCUCGUCGUAGCCAUCAGCAUGGGCUUUGGACACUUCUAUGGCACAGUCCAGAUUCAAGAAAGACAGAAAACUGUGAAAAUCAGAGUGAACGAACGCAACGCUGUGAGAGAUCUGCUUCACCGGCAUUUUAGAGAACAACCUUUUACAAAGCAGGGUGACGUUGGUCUGGAUGACGUGGAUGAGCAAAAAGUUAUUUCGCUGCUCACAGAGGUGAUUGAGAAAAUAAAGAGCGAGAAUGAGGCGCUCAACAUCAAACAGGCACACAUUCAGGCCCAGAGAGAUGACUUGGAAAUGUUGCUGAAACAGAAGGAUGAUGAGAGGACGAACAUUAUGUCUCAGCAGCAGAAACUGACUGCCGAGAACCUGCAGCUGAAAAGCUCCCUGGAACGUGAAGAAAGGUCCAUGUCCGCCUUACAGGGGGAGCUGAGGAACCUGCGCUCUAAGAUCAGAGAUCUGGAGGCGAUGGGAGCUGCUGCCGACUCGCUGCUGUCUGAAAACCAGAAGCUGAAAGACCAGCUGGAGGAGGAGAAAAGGCUAAUCAGAAGCUUCCAUGGACAGAGGGAAUACAUGAUGGCUGAAGCACAGACACUGAGGAAGAAGCUCGACAAGGAGAGAGAGGUUACAGAUGAACUGAGGAGAGCGUUAAAUCUGCUGAGAAGUCGCAUCCCUGGAGCUGGAAAGGAAGCCGGUACAGAGGCAGAAGAGCUGCAGUCACGUCUGAGUGAGGUGGAGAAGAGACUGAGCUUCGAGCAGCAGCGCUCUGACCUGUGGGAGAGGCUGUAUGUGGAGACCAAAGAAGAAAGAGCCAAAGGAGACACAGAGUCCAAAGGUAAAAAAACAAAAGAUGGCAUGGCAGGCAAAGUGAAAGAGACAUUUGACGCUGUGAAGAACUCCACCAAGGAGUUUGUCCAUCACCACAAAGAGCAGAUAAAGAAAGCAAAGGAAGCGGUAAAGGAGAACUUGAGAAAGUUCUCAGAUUCCGUCAAAUUAACUUUCCGACACUUCAAGGAUUCGGCUUCGACCUUCAUCAACAAAGCCAGUGGAUUUUAUAAAAAGAAACGUGACGAGAAGAAUACAAAAGAGUCGUGGCAGCACAGAUCCCACAAGCCUCAUCAGAGACACCCACACAAAUUUGACGACUUCUCUCAAAGCAGCCACAACACUCGAAAACCAGGACAUAAAGUUCACGAAGAUGAUCAAAACACCCACAAGGCCAACUUGAAAGGGUGCUCCGGGGUUUUCGACUGCGCCUACCAGGAGUCCAUGAGUCUCUUCAACAAAGCCAUGGAGCCGAUCAGAGCGGACGAAUUCUACCAGCUGCUGCAGAGCUACCUGCAGCAAGAAGUCGACCACUUCCACCACUGGAAAGAACUGGAGACGUUCAUCAACAGCUUCUUCCACAACGGGGUGUUCAUCCACGACCGGAUGCUGUUCACAGACUUUGUCAGCGGCGUGGAGGAGUAUCUGACCGACAUGCAUGAGUAUCACGGCCUCGAUGACGAUGUGUUCGAAGAUCUUGAUGACUACGUCUACCGGCACUUCUUUGGAGAGGCUUACACAAAAGGCCCAAACGGGCCGUUUGAAAGACCCGACACAGACUCAAAGGAGUCGUCGAGGGUGAGGCAUCAACAGCGAAAGCAGCAGAGAGCCAGAUCUCGACCACACAGCGGAUGCAAGUGGAAAAGAUCAGGAAGAAGCGCAGACGGACACAUGGCUGACGUCAAAAUCGAACUGGGUCCUAUGCCAUUUGAUCCCAAAUACUGAAAAUAUCUCUGCUGGUUUAAUAUUAUAGUUGUAGAUUCUAAUUUGGGUUGUAUUUAGAUACAAUGUCUCCCUUUUUUGUAAUUUUGCACAAUGUUCACUUUGUAAAGCUACUGAACGUCCUUGGUCUGUUUUGUGUUUUUCUGAAGUAAUCGUUAUUAGGUUUGAGUGAAAGAUGUGGCACACCUUACAUCAUCUGCACAUCUGUAACACGAGAAGUAGGGAGUUCAUUUAACAUUCUACAAAUGUGAAAAUGAAUUACAUUAUUUUAGUCUUGUAUCUUAGAGACCUGAUGAUUUCCUACAUCAGAUACUCAUCUCCAACCGCAGCACUCAUGUUUAAAAAAAGUUUUAAAAAACAUGUUUGGGAACCAAACUAUUGUUCUGUGUUAAACAAAGACAUGCUACGUUUGGGAUGUUUCCGUGUACAGCACAGUAGAUGUUUUAAUUUGCUGCUACAAAGACCGUUUUGUGUGACGGGUUUUAAUUUGCUUGCGUUAAAAUGCAGUUUUCUUACAUUCCAUCUCGAGCUUGUUUUAACUGGACCUGGCAGGUAUUAUUUGUUUUAUUUAUGAAGAAAAUGACUGAAAAAUAAUUCAACACCAAAUUUAGUUGUGAAUUAUAAAAACAAAACACAUCUGACAAAUGAUAUGUCAAAAUAACGUUUGAGUUUAAACUAUUUAUUUCAGUAGCAAAUCCAUUUAAUGACAUUCUCCUUAAGAAAAUUGCCAUUGUUCCAGUGUUUGUCAGUGCCUUUCAUAAAUAAAGAUGCUUCCUCCAA